AUGGACGAACCCACGGGGGCGCACGAGCAUGCGCUGAGCCGAUACGAGCAGACGCUCGAGGCGCUCAACCACGAAACGACCCCACACAGUGGAGGCUACGAGCCCUAUGCGCCGCCUGCCGACGCCUCGGUCUACACGUUGACCGAGGGUGGGCACGAUGUGUACGGUCAUGCCCACAACCUAUCGGCAACGAGCCAGGCGGAACUGCUGGGCGAACAUGGAUCCACACAAAGCUGGACCUCGACGCAGGAGCUCGGCGUAUACGUGGACCCUGCGUACCAGUACGCAGCCCAAGGCACGUACGCGUACGACCAGGGCACGUACGAUCAGGGCACGUACGACCAGGGCAUGUAUCACCAGGGCACGUAUACCCAAGGGGAGUAUGCACAGCCCGAGUACUAUCCGCGCGAACACUAUCCGCGCGAGCACUAUCCCCAAAGCUCACCGGCUUAUGAAUAUGCCGUGCACGACCAGCGCAUGUCGAACGGGAGCAGCGACCCGCCCCCGAGCUGGAACAGCCACGAGCUGGUGUACGAGGACGAAAAGGGUGGCGCCUAUGCCACGGAGCCAACCUACGACGGCACCUUGACACACACAGCGGUACCGAUGUACGACACGUCGGUGGACAUCAACACCGAGCCCCAUAUGUUCGAAGCGCAGCCGGCCUACCCUCAGGCCACGACCCAUGAAGGUUAUGAGGAGAAGCCAGUCGAGUGCGGCACGCUCGUAUCGAGCACACAGCACUUUGGCCCUGCGCCGCCCCGGGGGUGGCAGCAGCGACGACACAAUGUCAACCGAAACGUCGCGCUCACGUACGGAAAUCUGGUGCUCAACUGCCCGAUACCGACCAAGCUCGGAACAUUUUUGAACCGCCGCGACACGGACGAAUUUACGCACAUGCGCUACUCAGCAGUGACUUGCGAUCCCGACGAGUUUGUCCAGAACAACUUUACACUUAGGCAAAACAUCUACAACCGCCACACGGAGAUUUUUAUCGGUGUGACGAUGUACAAUGAGGACGAGCACCUGUUCUGCAGGACGCUGCAUGGUGUGAUGAAGAACAUUGCGCAUCUCUGUACGCGUAACAAGAGCCGCGUGUGGGGCGAUGGCAGCUGGAACAAGGUGGUCGUCGGUAUCAUUUCCGACGGUCGCAAAAAUAUCCAUCCCCGUGUGCUCGACUGCCUCUCGGCGCUGGGUGUAUACCAGGAAGGCGUUGCGAAGAACAUGGUCGACAACAAGGAAGUUACGGCGCAUGUCUACGAAUAUACCACGCAGCUCUCGCUCGACUCCAAGACGCAGUUCCGUGGCGCAGAGAAGGGCAUGGUCCCGGUGCAAAUUUUGUUCUGCCUGAAGGAAAAGAACGCGAAGAAGAUCAAUUCACACCGCUGGUUCUUCAAUGCAUUUUCGCGCGUUCUUCAGCCGAACGUUUGUGUCCUCUUGGACGUGGGUACCAAGCCGGAGCACAAGUCGAUCUACUCGCUUUGGAAGAGCUUUGACCGUAACUCAAACGUCGCGGGUGCUUGCGGUGAGAUCACUGUGGACACGGGUGGAAAAGCGGGCCUGGGCUUGGGCUUGCUGAACCCCCUCGUUGCAGCGCAAAACUUUGAGUACAAGAUCAGCAAUAUCCUGGACAAGACACUCGAGUCGGUGUUUGGCUACAUUUCCGUGCUGCCAGGCGCAUUCAGUGCCUAUCGCUACAUUGCCUUGCUCGACGACCCGGUGACCGGAAAGGGGCCGCUCGCGUCCUACUUCAAGGGCGAGUUCCUGCAUGGUGGAGACGCCGAUGUCUUUACGUCCAACAUGUACCUCGCUGAGGACCGCAUUCUCUGCUUUGAGCUCGCGGCCAAGGCCAACUCAAACUGGGUCAUGAAGUACGUUAGCUCCGCGCAGGGCGUCACCGACGUGCCGAACCGACUGCCCGAAUUUAUCAGCCAGCGUCGGCGUUGGCUGAACGGUGCCUUUUUCUCGGCAGUGUACUCCUUGACGCAUGCAUUCCAGUACAGCAAGACGGCCCACUCGGGCUGGCGGAAGAUGACGCUCGUCUUUGCCACGUUCUACUCAUUCCUGAACAUGCUCAUUGCCUGGUUCGGCGUUGCUAACUUUUACAUCUUCUUCCGCGUGCUUACCAAAGGCUUGGAGAACAAGUCGUUUGGGUUCGAGGGCAUUGGCAUCCUGAACGAAGUUUUGCACUUUAUUUAUGUUGGCACGCUGGUCGCGUGCUUUAUCCUUGCACUGGGCAAUCGGCCCCAGGGUAGCACUUGGAAGUACACCGCGGUUGUGGCAAUCUUUGCUUUGUUGACCAUGUACAUGCUGGCGGCUGGCGUCUUGUGCAUUAUCAAGUUGUUCCAAGGCGACCACAGUUCUACCUUUGCUCAGAUGGUGGUGAGUCUGGUAGCGACCUAUGGCGUGUACAUCGUCGCCUCCAUCUUUGCAUUGGACCCUCUGCACCUGAUUACAAGCAGCUUGCAGUACUUUAUCUUCACGCCGACUUAUAUCAACGUGCUAAACAUUUACGCGUUCUGCAACUUGCACGACAUCUCUUGGGGUACCAAGGGUGACUCGGCCGCGCCACGGGACCUCGGCAAGGUCACGUCGACGGGACAAGGCAUGGCUGAAGUGUCGCUGCCAUCGGCACAGGCAGACAUCGACACGACCUACGAAGAGGCCCUGAUGAAUCUUCGCGAGCACCGCGUGGUCAUCCAGGGCUCUGGCGGUGCGGAUAAAGAGGCGACCAAGAAGCUGGACUACUACAAAAACAUCCGCACCAAUGUGUUGCUGGUGUGGUGUCUGUCGAAUGCGCUCCUGGCCGGAAUUAUCCUCGAUACAGAGCUCACCGGGACAUUUAAUCCGCAAGAGGGCAACACGCGGACCCGAGUUUACGUCCUGGUGAUUCUUGUGUUUGUGGCGGUGAUGAGUGGUAUCCGAUUCAUCGGGUCUACCUUGUAUUUAAUGUUGCGGUUCAUUAAUGGUUGA